UCGCCUUCCCUCGGAGGAUCGGAGCGUCGCCGCUCUGUGAGAGGGCGGGAAGCACCCGAGGCUGCUAUUCUAAUUUGUCUUUUCCUCUCCUGCCUGCUCUUUUCUGCGUUUUGUAUGGUUGCAGUUGGGAAAUUGGGUGAGCACAUCGGUUCCUGCUCCCGAACUACCUUCUCCACUUUGCCUCCUGAUUUAUUUCCGAGCAAUAGAAGUCUGCUCUCCUCAGAAGACCGAGAAACAACGGCUGCGAUACUUUAAUAAUUAUUUAAUAAGAAGUAACCCUCCCGCCAUCUGAAGUAACCAUCCUCUUCCUCCUCCUACUAUUUUUCACCCUUGACACCCCCCUCGCCCCUCCUCCCCCCAUGCCACUGGAUGCUGAAGACGGAUUGGGAAUUUGUAAGCGAUGCAAGUCCGAUAAAGCUGGAGUCUCCAGCCGGGACGUGGAGCAGGUUCGCUAGGUAGUUCCUUAAAGAAGCGGGUCUGCAGUUUUCAAAUCUCCUAGUUUACAAAGCCUAAUUUUGAUACUUUUUUGGAAUAAAAUGCUAAUUUCCAAAUUCUUCAGAUUUCUUCAUUAAGCAAGUUGUUUUUUAAAAACGCAUUUGGAGACAGAAAGAAAAGGAAAAAUGGAUUUGAGACCCUUGCUGCAGAUCGGUGCAUUUCCAGUAUUGAUUAGCUGUGGUGAUGCAGUGGUUAGAAUGCAGUAUUGACAUCUUGACUCUGCCUAUUGCCAGGAGCUUGAUCCUGACUGGCUCAAGUAUGACUCAGCCUUCCAUCCUUAUGAGGAUGAAUAAAAGAUACUUGCAGAAAGCAACAAAAGGAAAACUGCUAAUAAUAAUAUUUGUUGUAACACUGUGGGGGAAAAUAGCAUCUGGGGCAAAUCACAACAAAGCUCAUCAUGUUAAAACUGGAACUUGUGAAGUGGUGGCUCUCCACCGAUGUUGUAAUAAGAACAAAAUAGAAGAAAGAUCACAGACAGUCAAGUGCUCCUGCUUUCCUGGGCAGGUAGCAGGUACCACUCGAGCAGCUCCUUCUUGUGUUGAUGCCUCAAUUGUAGAACAAAAAUGGUGGUGCCAUAUGCAACCAUGUCUUGAAGGGGAGGAAUGCAAAGUUCUCCCAGAUCGAAAAGGAUGGAGCUGUUCAUCUGGGAAUAAAGUGAAAACAACAAGGGCCAACGUGUAAAACCAUUCAAGAACAAGGCGAUUUCUGCAGUGCCUGAUGACAAUUUUUGAUAUUCCACACACACAAAACGUUCUAUCUCCAUGUUUGGAGCAAUAGUUGUGAUGAAUCCUAGUCUUGGUCGGAUUCUCAGAAAGGGUCAGAAGGUGCGUUGAUGAGGAGAGAGUCAAAACUACUGAAAGAUGCUCCAGCCUUGGUUUGUUAUCAAAGAACAACAGCACAAAGUUCAGAAGCCAUCUCCAUGUGGAAACAAAGCCUCCCAUCGACCAGUUCGUUCUCACAGGGAGGGACUACUCAGGGUACCAUCAGUCAAAUUAUGCCGACUGGCGACUCCCAGGGGGAGGGCCUUCUCUGUGAGGGCUCCAACCCUUUGGAAUGAACUGCCCCCGGAGAUAUGGAAUAUCCCUGAUCUCCGUGUUUUCCGCCGUGCCCUCAAGACCCUGAUGUUCCAACAGGUAACUCGAUAGCAGAAAACAAACCACUUCAAACUCAAGAUUGAUAACAUUCAUUACAAAGAAGCUGGAAGUUUUCGUAGUUAAAGAUGAUCUUUGAGGUUUAGGUUAAAAUUGCUGGUACAAACUGGUUCAGUGAGCUAUAUGCUAUAAUCAACAGCUACUGGAGAUCAAUAGUGCAAGAAAGUCAGACAUACAAACUCUCUAAAAUAAAGAUUUCAAUGGAAAGAACUGUAUAAUUGUAAACACAAGAAGAAAAUACAUGCACUUUUUGGCAAAAAAAAGUGAAAAGGAUGCUAAAAGGAUGCUGAAAAAGUAGUAGUCUUUUUGAUCCUGGCCUUGGACUCAAAAUAUUUAACAUCAACAAACUAAUUCUUUGAAAUGUACUGGUAUAGCUUAUUUGAAAUAUUUCCAGUUCUCUGUUCAAAUACUGGUGGAACUGUGCAUUGGUUUAUUCAAAUUACUAUUCCAAAAAUUAACUUCGGAUACAGCGCCGCCUUAGACACUUUAAUUUGAAUUCUAAUCUUGAAACUCCAAGGCUAUAUAUUUCAACACACUGAACUUGCUUUUCUUAUAGGAAUGUAAAUGUAAUAUCAUUGUUAAUUAUUAUUGUUGACAGAUAGUACUUAUCUGGACACAUCAUUCUUAUACUAAUAAAUCAUUAGUCAGAUGUCAUUUCCUACUCGGCUUCUGCAGUUCCUUACAACUGAAUAAAAGAUUGGUCAAAAAUGAAAAUUUUCUUUCAUACCCUUCCCAAUAUUUUAUUGUUAAAAUAUCUGUUUUGUAUAAUUUUAAAGAAAACAAUAUUCCUUGUAUGAACUUUAAUUUACGGAUUUAUAAACAUUAAGUCCUUAAGAAAUGGUAGUAAAUAAUAAUUAACAAUAAUUAAUUAGCUAGUCAUUUUAUGAAGGAAGACAGGGAUGCAUGUUAAAUUUUGUUCUGAAAUUAGAUGCUAUCCAUUCGAUUUUAAGAUUUCUUUUUUUAAAAAAAAAUAGAUGUCUUGUUUGGAUGCUGCCUGGAUGCAUAAGUAGAUGCUUAGAUGUUUAUUGAGAGGAUUUUUUUUUUUCAAAUUUAGAAACUAUUGAUGUUUUCAUGCCUACUUCAGAAAUGUUAGUUUAAUUUAGGGCUGGUUUGUUGAAUUGUUUUUUAUCUUCUAUUUUUUAAUUUCACUGUUUUUUUAAAAAAAAAAUUAAAUGCCUUAAACAGCAGUAAACUUUUUUCCCCUGAGUUAUUAUAGAAUGUAUAAUUUUAUAUGUCAUUUAAUAUAUAACAUGCUAUCUAGAAAUACUGAGGCUCUAAGGGCAGCUUGGUCUUAAGGAAGGCAAAGAGGGAAAUAAUCUAUAUUAUUUACUUUGUGAGUAAGAACAUGGAACAAAUUCAAUCCUGAUAGAAAUAACUGUUUCAAAAUCUCCAUUGUUUAAAUUAUGAAAAAGGUAAAUAGUUUUCAUUGCAAAUCCCUGACAUAAAUAAUUAGAAAUAAAUGAGUUAUAUGACGAAUGAA